AUGCACGUAAGUUCCAAGACGAUGAAGUUUGUGUUGACGGCCGUGGUUCUGGCGGCCAUCGUCUGCACGGUCGCGGGAAAGGCUGCGAAAACCAGCAGACUGGCUAAGUACACGACGCUAUGCAAGCUUUCGGACCCAAAAUUAAGCCAAUGUUUGACCAGCUUAAUGAAAGAUAUUUUAAAGCAUUCUAAAACAGGUAUACCUGAACUUAACAUACCAGCGUUGGAGCCAUUUUUAAUUCCAGAAAUUGAUUUAAAAAUAUUCCAAGGCCUGGGUGCCUCAAUUUUCGGUAACACAAUUCAAAGAUCCAAUAAAACUAAGGCAUUUGCACGUAAUUUAGUUAUUCAUCAUUCAUCCGAAUUUGAAAUUUACGACCUUAAGGUGGAUAUUAAAAAGAACGAAUUCUUCGUCGACCUAUCUUUCCCAAAACUUCAAAUAGAAGGGGAGUAUGACGUAAAUUUAAUCAUGUUUAAUAUGCCAAUUAAAAGCACAGGACCUGUGUACAUAAAUGCCACUGACAUUACAGUCAAAGCUACAUUGAACGGGAAGACGAUAAAGAGGAAGAACGAGUCUCUUUUACUGUUCGACACCAUUGACAUCAAAGUUAACUUCAAAGACUACUCAAUUAUGAUUGAAAAUUUGUUCAAGAAAGAUCAAAAUCUAAACAGAGCAUUGAACGAUACGCUCAGGAGCCAAAAAGCAGAGUUAAGGAAACUAACGACGCCAAUGAUUGAAGAACUGGCCGGUAAAAUGGUGCUCUCUAUGAUAAAUCAGAUUUUGACCGGUUUACCGCUUGAGGAAAUUUUCAUAACAGAGUAG